GAUUACCCACCGCACCUUAUAGUGUAUAAUUGUCCUUAAGUUGCCUGCUUGUGAGAGCCAUGUAGAGUGCGGGGCGUGGUUUCGCCCCACCACUCGGGAUGCAGUGCCGGCUAGCGCGUGUUGAACGCUCCUCAGUACGCUGUCGUUUACCGAGUAGUGUGUAUGUCCACUGUCGACUGUCGAGAUACAGUGUUCAAACGUUGUUGUAACGUUAAAAAAAAAAAAAAAAAAAAAAAAAAAAGAGAAAAAAGUGUUGUUUGUGAGAGUCGGGAGUCGGCGUAGAAGCCUUGAAGGUAAGUAAUUAGUUUUAUUUUCAGCACUUCUGCGGAGAUAUACAACGUAAAAUGGCGGGCGAGGUGCGGCUGACCAGCCGCAGCCGCAGCCGCAGCCGCGAGGCUCGGCAGAUAACAACCGCAGCCGCAAGGCUCGGUAAAUUACAACCGCAGCCGCAAGGCUCGGUAAAUUACAACCGCAGCCACAAGGCUCGGUAAAUUACAACCGCAGCCGCAAGGCUCGGUAAAUUACAACCGCAGCCACAAGGCUCGGUAAGUUGUAACCGCAGCCGCAAAGGCCGGUGAGACGCACUUGCAGCCACAGGGCUCAACAUGGCAGAGUCAUGCUCGUAUGUUUCCCUGGGAGAGUUAUUGGAGGAAUCAGCUGAGACAGAGGAUCAGGAUGUGAUUCUGGAUAGAUUGAAGUUACUCGCCUACGACAAUCUACCGGAGGGAUGGACGAAUUGGAAAACCAUCAACUAUUCCAAGGAAGAUCUUUUUGGAGAAGGUGAUGUCGAUCCACAGAUCUUAAAUAAAUUAAGAUUCGCUUUACCUACAAUAGGUAUUGCAAUAGCCUUCAAUCCAUCAGCCACUUACCUAGCCGAAAGACAAUACCGCGACUAUAAGGUAGAAAUGUUAAACUGGGCCCUCUGUAGAGCUCUGAUUAUGAGUCCUCCUUCAAUCACAAACAAAUUGAAAGGAUCGAUUGGACAAGCUGAAUUGUUUCAACAAGCAAUAAAACCAGUUAAACAUCUAUGCGUAUCACGUAGAAGCGCUGCGGAAGAGCUGAAAUUGGAGGCCGAAGGCUCGAACAUGGAAGAGGCCGAAGAAGAAUCUCUGCCACCAAGGAAGAGGCACAGUGCUUCUCCAGGGAGUAUCGGCUCGUUACCAAAGAGAUCCAGAGUAGCGUUUCUGGAAAACCGGAUGGAUGAAAUGUUCUCCAUUCUCUGCGAAAAGAUCGAAAAGUUGAAAAAACCUGAGGUCCAUCCACUUUCAUACGAAAGCGAUGUCAGUAUGUCAGAAAAAGAAAACUUGGGGUCAGAGGAUUCAGAAUCUAUUGCUUCCGGAAUUGAGUCGCAGGGGUCGGCAGCAUGGAAGGCGCCAAGUUUUGAACAUUCUCAAGGCGGGGACCUGGAUGCUUUAGCGUUGACUCCUCAAGUAAAAGAGAGUGAACCGUCCAUACCUGUGCCAACGCCAGAAAUUAAAGCGCAGGGUUUGAGUUGCCAAAAACUAGGUACACCAAAUUGGAAUAAGAUCAGAUAUAAGGAAGUUCAGAAAAAUCUCCAGGCGUCACCGGUGUUCGAUGCUUUGAAGGUUAAUAGUCAACUGGGAGGAUUAACACAAAAGUCCUUUAGUCAAUCUAUACUUGUUAAGAUGGAUGCGAUGGCGGGAACUAUAACCCAUGGCCUACUGAAGGAGAGGGCUAAGAUCACGGAUGGGCUCAGAGCGUUGGCGCAGAAAUAUCCAGAUGCUUAUACGGACAUAAAAGACAUUUUCCUAGGGGAAUCUUCGGUUAAACAAAUCUCAGAUGACCUCCUUCAGUAUUCUUGUGCCAGAAGAGCCGAGAUUAUAGAAAUGAGAAGAAGAUUCUUUAAGCCUAAAGAUUUACACUUAGUGGCGAAAUUAGAAGAAAUCCCACCGUCUGAAUCUCACCUUUUUGCUGAAGAAAUGCUGUCAAACUUUGUCAACCAACAGGGUGGUAUUUAUAAAAUUUUCCACACAAAUCAGAGAUCCUUUAAGUCCAAAAACUUCUCUGAUUAUAAGGCCAAACCCAAUCGUUCAAGCCGUGCAGGGGGCUUUUCACAGGCAGGCCACAGAUCCCACUCUUCUCAUAACACGUCUUCGUUUCGUAAAUCUGGUUCAAAAGAGUACAAAAAAGAUUCCAAGAAGGAUAGCUCAAGAAAGGAACAUCGUCCUAAGAGGUUUUGA